AUGGGAAAUGUAUACUCGACAACCACACUCUUCACCCGGCAACAGUGCCAGCUAGCUAGCUAGCUAUCAAGCUAAGCUUUAGCUUGGUUGCUAGGUAGCAGUGUACACCGACUCGAUGUUUAUCUGGGCAGAAAUCUCCACAAUAUAAAACUACAGUCCUGUAUCAAUGCGGUGCAAUAUACAUCUUAUUAGAAUAGAAUAGAAUAGAAUAGAUCAUUUGCGGCUUCACUACCGGUCUACAGCAGUAUUUACAGGCUUCACCCGGUUAGCUUAGCUGCGUUAACGUUAGAGAGAGACAGGUCAAGCGUUAUACUUGACCUAAGUGCAGAGUUUAGGAGUUUGGGAGAGCCGUCCUACAUUAAUCUGCUCUUUCCAGUCGUUUCUAUAGUAACAGCUUCACGACAGCUUUUUUUUCCCGGCGUCUCGGUCACAUGACAAGCUAUAUUAUUAUUAUUAUUAUUAUUAUUAUUAUUAUUGGAUUACUGACUUCAUGCGAGAGAGAAGGACUGUUUAUAGCUCCUGUAGCAUAAGUGAUGACAAUUUCCACUUGUCUCCAAGCUUUCAUCUCUCCUGUAGUUUGUUAUAAAGUCAAAUUUCCAAGUUAAAUCUCUCUGCUUUGCUUGUAUUUCCUCGUUUAUAAGCCGCUUUGGAUAAAAAGCAUCUGCUAAAUGAAUAAAUGUAAAUAUGGUAAGGAUAAUGGUCAAAAAACAACUUUCCAUUAUUAUGUGUAUGGCCGAACCCUUUACCUGGGGUUUGUUUUCAGUCUGUUUCGUGUUGGGGUGCAUUCUAAAGCUAAGUAGUUAAACACAAACGAAAUAACGCACCCAUUCAGGAGAAUAUUGGUUGUUUGGAUUUGAUUUAGGAUUUGUACUUAGCUUCAUUGACAGAUUAGCGAAGCAAGCUAACUCUACUAGCUAUGGACACUCGCCAGCGACGCCAACGACUUCUGCUACUUCUUUCCAAGCUUUAUUUUUGUUCCUGCCCACAUGUAAUGAGAGGUUGUGUAUGACCGGGUGAGGUGGAACCAUGCUUAUUUGCAAGUCUUUCUUUAGUUGGUAGAGAGAUUUGACUCGAGAGAGAGUCAGAAGGGAACUACAGGAGAGCUGAAAGACGUCGGGAGCGGGAGAAUGGUGGUUCCGGACAGCGGAAGCGGGGCUCAGCAGGCAGACAGCGGCACGGUGCCGGGGUUCGAAGACGAGCAGAAUGGAGCGGAGCUGGAGGAGGUCCGCAAGUUGCGCGAACUCGUGCGGCGCCUUGAAGUACAGAACGAAAGCCUGCGCAGCCGGGGCACCACGCGUCACCACAGCACGAACGCUAACGAGAGAACGCUCUGCGAGGACACCGGCACCAGCUCAGGCAGGGACUUCCAGACUUUGUCUCCUCCUCAGGACAGUGUCAGCAAGGACAUGUCUCCUCUUCCCGAAACCACAAGGCUGGAGGACGAAGAAGAGACGGAAGAGCACGGCCCAGUGUUUCGUCUUCCUUGUGCCGCUCCACCGGGGCACCCUCAAGAACACACGCACGCCAGUUCUUCUCCCGAUAGCUACGAUUCAGAGACACUCGGCGGGAGCGUUGCCGGCGUGGACCAGUCUGCUCUGGAUGAGGUGGACGUGCUCGACUUGGACGACUGCGCCGAUAUCGACGGUGAAGACUGCUGGUUGUACGUGUCUCCGAAGAAGCACGUACAGACGGCGCAGGGUCCCGAGUCUCCACUGAAAUGGUGUCGGAAAGUGCUCGAUCACCCGAGUCCUGAGACCGAGGUGGCUUGCAGGACACUCCUGAGCCGCCUGGACCAAAGCUCGAGAUGGAGGAACGUGUACAGCAGCCCAUCGCAAACCCCCGCGGGCUCGUCAGCCGAGGCUGGCCCAGCUCAUUCUCCUGGGUACCACAAAUCAACUAACAAAACCCUACUAACCUGUGGCAGCUCAGGUUACAUGAGCAUGCACUCGGCGCUGAGCUCCCAGUCCUCCAUCGACAGCGAGCUGAGCACGUCGGACGAUUCCAUCUCGAUGGGCUACAAGCUGCAGGACCUGACGGACGUGCAGAUCAUGGCUCGGCUACAAGAGGAGAGUCUGAGGCAAGACUACGCUUCGAGCUCGGCCUCGGCAUCGCGGCGGAGCUCUGCGGCUUCGCUGCACUCGUUGAGGCGAGGCACCUACAGCGACCAGGAGCUGGACUCCUACAGUUUGGAGGACGAAGAGGCAGACAGCAUGCCUUUCACGCACCUCCACCGCCGUCACUCGCCUUCUCCUGGCACCUCACCUCGCUGUCCAUCACCUGCCGCUGGAACAAGUGUGCCCAGGCGCUCCCUUCAAGGCACGGCCCCAGAGCUCCUCAAAUUUACUAGGAGUGAGGAGGAGUUAAGACACAGCAUGCCUAACUUGGCCCCACGCACCAGCCUGCGCUCGCUGGAGGCAGUGAGAAACAGCCGUAGCAUGGAGGCUAAUCUGCACAGUUCAGGCAGCCGCAUGUCCCGCCUGCCCCAGUCCCCCACAGGUGUGUCCACCACCCGAUUAAGAGGCAGCGGGCAGUCACCGCUCUUGUUGCGGGCUCCUGUGAAAGCUCUCAGCCCCGUGGGCAGCAUGGCUGCGGUGCGACAGUCCGCAAGACCGAGUGCUGGAGCUCAGGGACACACUCCAGCAGCACGGCGGGUGCAGUCACCAGGGCCUGCCAAUGGAGCAGCUUAUUCUGCAGGCAGGACUGCUACGACAGGGCCAAAACAAGCAGCGGGCAGAAGCAUGGCACCAGCGUCCUCAAAAAGCAGACUUGCCCAGACCCCUAGAAGCAGGUCUCUGGGAAUGACAAAAACCUGCGGUCCUAUAGCAGACGAUUCCUGGAAGGAUGGCUGUUACUAAAGCUUUUGUCAUUCUCCUUUACACACUCCUAGAAAACAUCCAUGAAACACCGCUGCCUUUACAAACAUCACAGGGACACCGGACACACCGAGGCCAGAGGCAGAAAGGCACAAAAAAAAAAAACCACCACCACAGCAACCCUGGAAAGUUUUACUCCAGCAUGAAUCUUCUUACCCCCUCUGCCACACUAGAAAGAGAAACGCUAAUGGGAAACCUUUGAGACGACAUGAUUUGUUUCAUCAGACUUUAAAAUGGGCUUUUUUUUCCCGGUUGUGUUUUGUUUUUUUUGUUGUUGUUUUUUUUAAAAUAUAUGACAAGCUGCUUUAUUUUUAUGAUAACUGGAGAAGUUGCUGGGGGAAGAAAAUUGUCGUAGUGUAUAAAAUACCUGGAACAUAUGUAUAUGUUGUUUUAACGAUUACAUUUCGGAAGUAAGUUCUUAGAUCCUUAUUCAGAACAAGUGGAUGUCCUCUGUUUUGUUCUUCCAGAAAUGAUGGAAAAUAUGUAUGAGCUGUUUCACUGGAAUUUUAUCUGACCUAAAAAAAAAAAAAAAACAAGAAAAAAAAAAACCCACCACGGUCUAUGCAGUCUUCCAUCUUCUCAAAAAGUAAAAAAAAAAAAAAAAAAAAAAAAGCUAUAAUAAAA